AUGUUAAAAAAUCCAAAAUAUGUGUACGGGGAGAGCGAUCGACAGAUUCUCGCAACGCUCCAUUUCGGAGAAUAUGUUUUAAAGAAAAUUUGGGAACAUAAGGAUAAUGUUGCUAUGAUAAAUGCUUCAACAGAUGAACCACUCAUCUUCAGGCAAAUUGCGCAGGAGGCUUUAAACAUCGCUGUCUCACUCAUGCGUAUGGGCGUUAAAAAGGGAGACGUGAUUGCAAUAUGCUCAGAGAACAGAGGCGAAUUUUGGAGUACAGCGAUCGGUAUUUUUUGUACUGGAGCUGUUGUUACUACGAUAAAUACUAUGUAUACUAAAGAUGAAAUCAAACACGUGUUGGGAAUAUCAAAACCUAAAUAUGUCUUUUGUUCGCCAUUGACAUACAAGAGGAACGGAAAAAGUUUCAAAAUGCUGGAAAAAAUAUUUCUCUUCGGCAACGAGAGUGAAAGAAAUACAAUCCCUUACAAUUAUUUAGCAAAGCCUAGCAAUUUGUUGGCUGAGAAUGUUCAGUUCGAGGAUUUUGUUUGCGCUGAUGUAAUUGGACAGACGGACACAGCCUUAAUUCUAUAUUCUUCUGGUACCACAGGACUACCUAAAGGUGUUAUGUUGACACACCUUAAUGUGAUAACAGCUUGUACACCUUUCGAGGUUGCUGUGCCGACCGUUAUUUUAACCAUAACACCAUGGUAUCACAGUAUGGGUUUGAUUACUGGUAUGAGGACUUUAAUACUGGGGUCAAAGGUCGUUUUCCUUCCAAAGUUUGACGUACAAACAUAUUUUAAAACUAUAGAAAAGUAUCAGGUAAAAGCUUUGUCCGUCGUUCCCCCAGUACUGGUAGCUUUGAGUAAAGUAAAGGAGAAAUACAACACAAGCUCUGUGAUCUCUGUGUCUUGCGGUGCUGCACCGUUGUACGAAGAGACUGCUAACAUGGCUAAGAAUAUUUUUCCUAAUCUUCAAGGAGUGUUCCAAGGUUAUGGUAUGACUGAAUCUACUCUGCUUUUAACGAUGAAUCUUAAUACAGAGAAAAUUGGUAGCGUGGGAACUGUUUAUCAUAACACAAUUUUAAAGAUCGUAGAUCCGGACACGAAAAAAGUACUAGGAUCUAAUGAAAGGGGAGAGAUUUAUGCAAAGGGUUUAUCUAUUAUGAAGGGAUAUAUCGGAAAAGGAAGAGAGGACUUUGAUGAUGAAGGAUUCUUCAAAACUGGUGACGUGGGGUACUAUGAUGAUGAGAAGUACUUCUAUAUUGUUGACCGGUUGAAGGAGUUGAUUAAAUAUAAAGGAUAUCAGGUUGCACCAGCAGAAAUAGAGGCUAUAUUACUACAGCACAGUGGUAUCCGAGAAGUAGGCGUAGUUGGUCUACCCAAUGUCGCAGCUGGAGAGUUACCUUUAGCUUUCGUGGUACUACAACCUGGCGUGCAGUUGACGGAGAAGGAGAUACAGGACUUUGUGGCUGAAAAACUGUCGAAUCCUAAACAUCUUCGAGGUGGAGUUAGGUUUAUUCCAGAGAUACCGAAGAAUCAAACAGGAAAGAUACUACGAAAGGAGCUUCGUAAAAUGCUUAAAAGUACGAGAAGUAAGAUUUAA